AUGCCUACGGUGGAGAAGAUCCUGGUCGUCGUCGUGUAUGUAGUCAGCUUGGUCAUCAACGGUUUGGCAGCAAGCGGAGUGCUUUCCGGCCUGCCGAUCGGCGAAGUGUCUGCCCAGUAUCCUACUUACGUGACCCCGGACAAUUUGACGUUUCUGGUUUGGAGUGUAAUUUAUACCUUGGAGUUUGUUCUCGUGCUCGCACAGUGUUGUCCCUCCGAGAGCGCGGAGAAGCUUUUGCAGCAGCCAUGUUGCUUGACUGGCAUCUCUGUACGUUGGCGCCUGACCAUCGCCUUCCUCCUGAAUGCAGUCUGGUUGCCUCUCUACGUCAACCUGCAGUUUGGAAAAGCUUUGCUUGUCAUCCUGGCAUAUCUCCUCUUCCUGUUCCUGGUUUAUACUGACCUGAACACGGCAACGGCCAAUUCGUUCUGGGAGUGGGUCAUGUAUGCUGCAGGGAUCGCAUGCAACGUCAGCUGGGUGCUUGUGGCAUCGGUUGCGAACAAGUUCACUCUUUUGGGUGAGUUCGGGUGGAAGGAUGUGUAUGGAGUUGCUGGAGCUCCAUGGGCUGCAGUGCUGACGAUUGGAGCUGUAGCAGCGAUUGCCGUCGUGGUGGCUGUAACGCGCAGUGAUUUCGCGUGGUCGCUUGUUGCAGUGUGGGCUUUAGCUGGGCUGUACAGGCAGCACACAGUCCCAGACCCGGACAGCUUCCCGCCAGAAGCCAUGAACAAGACUUUGGCACUGUGCGCAUUGUGGGCCUGUGUUGUUGUUGGGAUAGCUGCAGCCACUGGCAUUUGCUUGAUACCCGCCAAUGGUGUCUUCAAGUCGAAGAACCGGGAGGCGGAUCACAAGCCCCUCAUUGCGCCUUGA